UUGUAGACGGUAACAAUGUGAAGCUGUGCGCACUGGAUCCGGACCUAUCCGCGCAUGGCGGACGCUUUAAGAAGGAGCUUUCUGCCUUGAAAUUUUCCAACUUCUAAACUCAUUGCUCCUACUGGCAUCGUUAAACUGAUAGCAGUAAUUACGAAUGGAGAACAUGAAAUCUCCAUUCAGAGGGAUAGCAAGGGACAUUAGAGGAAGAGCAUCGUGUUACAAACAAGAUUGGAUUGAUGGUAUUAAGUCCGGAAUUGGGAUAUUAGCACCAACAGCUUACAUUUUCUUUGCUUCUGCACUUCCGGUCAUUGCUUUUGGAGAGCAACUUAGCAGAGAUACAGAUGGAAGCUUGAGCACUGUGGAGACUUUGGCUUCUACUGCUAUAUGUGGCAUCAUACACUCUAUUCUUGGUGGUCAACCUCUUCUUAUACUUGGAGUUGCAGAACCUACAAUCAUAAUGUAUACAUACUUGUAUAAUUUUGCUAAAGGAAGGCAAGAUUUGGGUCAACAACUAUUCUUAGCUUGGGCAGGAUGGGUAUGCACAUGGACAGCUCUACUCUUGUUUCUUUUGGGGAUUUUCAACGCUUGUGCUAUUAUCACUAGAUUCACCAGGAUUGCAGGGGAAACAUUUGGGAUGUUAAUUUCUGUACUUUUCAUUCAAGAGGCCAUCAAGGGACUAGUGAGCGAGUUCAAAACACCCAAAUCUGAUGAACCAAAUUUACUCAAAUAUCAAUUUCAGUGGCUUUACACUAAUGGCUUGCUUGGUAUUAUAUUUUCGUUUGGACUUCUAUACACUGCAUUAAGAAGUAGGAGAGCAAGAUCCUGGUUGUAUGGAACAGGGUGUGUUAGAAACUUCAUAGCAGACUAUGGGGUUCCAUUGAUGGUUGUAGUGUGGACAUCACUCUCUUUCUGUGUACCAAGCAAAAUUCCAUCUGGUGUUCCAAGAAGGCUCUUUAGCCCACUCUUAUGGGAUUCUGAAUCUUUAUACCAUUGGACUGUAAUCAAGGACAUGGGCAAGGUUCCUCCUGUUUAUAUCUUGGCUGCCUUCAUCCCAGCUGUUAUGAUAGCCGGGCUUUAUUUCUUUGAUCAUAGUGUUGCUUCACAAUUGGCUCAACAAAAAGAAUUCAAUCUCAAGAAUCCAUCAGCUUAUCAUUACGACAUUUUCCUACUUGGAUUUAUGACAUUGCUUUGUGGAUUAAUUGGACUACCCCCGUCAAAUGGUGUCUUGCCUCAGUCCCCCAUGCACUCUAAAAGCCUAGCAGUUCUUAAAAGACAGUUUAUGAGAAAGAAGAUGGUGGAGAGUGCCAAUGAAAGCAUAAAACAGAAAGCUAGCAAUUCUGAAAUGUACAACAAGAUGCAAAACGUGUUCAUAGAAAUCGACAACUCCCCAAUUGUAAAAUUUCCAUCUAUUAUUCGUACAAGCAUUAUCUUCAAUUUCGAUCUCCUUGAAAUCUUUUCAAUUUCAUCGCAGACAAAUGUAAUAGUUAAAGAACUACGAGACUUGCAGGAAGCAGUCAUGAAUGUAGAAAUCGAAGGAAAAAACAUGAAGGAGAAAUUUGAUCCUGAGAAACACAUCGAUGCCUACUUACCUGUUCGUGUGAAUGAGCAAAGGGUCAGCAACUUUCUACAGUCGAUUCUCUUAGCAGUGUCUAUAUGUGCCAUGCCCUUAAUAAAAUUGAUACCCACAUCGGUUUUAUGGGGAUAUUUUGCUUACAUGGCCAUCGACAGUCUUCCUGGAAACCAAUUCUGGGAAAGAAUCUUGCUUAUUUUCGUUCCCCAUAAUCGAAGAUACAAGGUUCUUGAAAGGGUUCAUGCUUCUUUUGUUGAAUCUGUGCCAUAUAGAACCAUUGUCAUGUUCACGAUCUUCCAGAUUGUGUAUUUCCUUACGUGUUUCGGUGUGACAUGGAUACCUAUUGCGGGGAUUCUUUUCCCUGUUCCAUUCUUCCUUCUGAUAACCAUACGACAACACAUUCUACCAAAGCUGUUUCACCCUUAUCAUUUGAGUGAACUGGAUGCAGCCGAGUAUGAAGAAAUUGUGGGUGGUCCAUCACGACAUACCAGCUUUAGUCUUAGGGAAAUCGAUGGUGUUGAUAGCAAGAACGAUGAAGAUGAAGUGACGGUGUGUCAUGCUGAAAUAUUAGAUGAAAUGACUACAAAUAGAGGCGAGAUCAAGAUUCGAAAUCUUAGCUUCAACGAAGAUAAACGAACCCAGAUUUACCCUGGUGAUGUUAUCCAGCCCGAGUGAGGCAGAAUAAAACUAUUGAUAAUGCUCAAAGAAACUACAAUCAAUACUAAUGAUGCUAGACCCACGUAAGGUUCAACCCUCCAUCGUGCUACUUACAUACAAAAUUUUUGUUUGAAACGGGUUCGAUGAAGUUUAUAAUAUGAAGGCUCAAGGCUGGUGCAUUUUGCAUGUUGUUUUUAUUCCAGAUUUACUAUAUAUGGGGGGUAUUAUGCACAACUAGCAGGAGUUGGAUGAAAUAGAACUAUAUAUAGACGAUGUUCAAAGAAAGUGUAAGCAAUAGUACUUAUAUGGCACAUAAGCCUAAUCAACAAUGUGAUGAAAUAGUACCACACAUGCCUAACCUACAAUUAAUAGAUGUGUAUCCUAUUAGCAUUUAUAAGUUUUGGAUUCAUAA